AUGUCAAAUAAUAGAAUAAAAGAUAAUAUUAAAGAUGAUGACGAUGAUAUUGAUGGUAAACCAAUUGGUAUUGGAUUAAUCAAUGAUAAAAAAUUAGCACCAAGUACGAUGAGCAAAAUAUCAAAUGAAAAAAUUAGGGAUUUAACAUCAAACACUACAUCACAACUAAAAUCACAAUUGCAAACACAAAAAAGAAAAGAAGAAUUAGAUUCAAAAAAGAAAAGAGAAGAAUAUGAAAGGGAUAUAGUAUUUAAAGAUUUCAUUGAAGAGUUUGAAGAGUCUGCACCAAAGCCAAAAGAUACACCAAAAUUUGUUAAGGGUGGAGCUUUUAUUUUGUCAGAUGAUUUAAAUGAACAGCAACAACCUCAACAGCAAUCACAACAACCUCAACAGCAAUCACAGCAAUCACAGCAAUCUCAACAAUCAUUAAAAGAUCAAGAUCGUAGUGGCACUCGUUAUCGUGAUAGGGACCUUGAAAGAGAUAGGGAGCGUGAAAGAGAGCGUGACAGGGACAGAGAGCGUGAUAGAGAAAGAGAGCGUGAUAGAGAUAGGGAUAGAGAUCGUGAUAGGGACAGAGACCGUGAUAGAGAAAGAGACUAUAGAGAUGGUAGAGAUUAUAGGGACCGUGAAAGAGACCAUAGAGAUAGCAGAGAUUAUAGGGAUAGUAGAGAUAGUAGAUAUGGGCGUAGUUAUGACGAUAGGGAUAGAGAUCACGGCCGUAGCUAUGAUAAUGAUAAAUACUCUUCAGCCCCAACAAACGAACCAAAAAAGAAGGGAUCAAGACUAAUUGACGAAUUAAAAGAAGAGUUAAAGCAAAAACAAGAAGAAAGAGAAAAAGAAAAAAAGCACCAACAUCAACAACAACAACAGCAACAACAGCAACAAUCACAAUCUCAACCAGCAGCCAAUCCAGACGAAGAAACAGAUGAAGACUUUUUUACAACCCUAUUUCUAGGUACUCUUCCUUUUGAGGCAAAUGAACAGGUUUUAACAGAUCUAUUUUCAAAGUAUGGUAAAGUUAGUGCCAUUAAAGUGAUUGCACCAAAGAAUGAGGAUGAUAGAAAACGUGGUAUCAAUUAUUGCGCAAUAGUUACAUUUACAUCACCAAAGGAUGCACAUAAAGCCAAAGACGAUUUGGAGGGUAAACAAAUAUUUGGUCGUGAUUUAAGAGUUAGUUGGGCCAAAAUGCAAAUGAAAAUACCACGUAAUCUAGAGGGUAUACCUAAAAAAGUUCAAGUACAGAUACCCCAAAAUCUAUUUCAAAAGAAUAUUAUUGACACAUUGGCCCUUUUUGUAAGUCGUGAAGGUUUCGGAAUGGAGCGUUUGGUUCAAGAGCGUGAAUACAACAAUAUGAAUUUCACCUUUCUUUUUAACCAUCAAUCAGACGAAUUCUUUUAUUAUAAUUGGAAGGUAUAUUCAUUUUUAAAUGGUGAUUCAACCGAUAUAUGGAAAUCAAAACCAUUGGAACUUAUAAGUGGUUAUAUUUUAACACCGCCACCACUACCAAAUCAUCAACAACAGAAACAGCAACAACAACAAAUAUCACAGCUACCAACCAAUCUAUCAGUUGACCAACAACCAAUACCCAUACCAUUACGUAUCAGAUUUGAUGAACUUUUAAAGAACAUAACAGCAGAACGUGAAAAUAUUUGCGAACUAAUGGUACUAGCAAUCGAAAACUCUGAAUUUAGCUCUGACAUUGUAGAUAUCAUCUCAUCAUCUCUUUUAGACAUAAGCGAAUUUUCCAAUAUAACCUCAUAUUUAAAAAACUCGAUUUCACCAGAAGAAACAAACAAAAUCAAUAAUUCAAAAAUUGCAAAACUUUAUUUAAUUUCAGAUAUUUUACAUAAUUGCACAGUAAAUGUUAAAAAUGUUUCAUCCUAUCGUGGCUUGUUUGAAAAUAAACUAGCUAUAAUAUUUCAACAUUUAAAUCAAACAUUUAAAGCUAUUAGUGGAAGAGUAACUGCACAAAAUUUUAAAGAAAAGAUUACAAAGGUUUUAAAUAGUUGGGAUAAAUCAUCAUUAUACACAAAAACAUUUUUAUUGGGUUUAAGAUUUACCUUUUCUAUAUACAAUAGCAAAAAUAUAAAUAAUAAUAAUAGUAAUGAAGGUAACAAUACAAUAAUAACAAAUAAUAUAGAUGACGAUGAUGAUAUUGAUGGAAUACCUUUAAAUCAAAAUCAAAAAGAAGUGGAAAAACAAAAACAACAAAAACAACAACAACAACAAAUUGAUUCAUAUUGCAAAAACAAUGGUAUUGUUAAAUGUGAUACUAUAGAAGAAACCAAUCAAAAAAUUGAACAAUUUAAAAAAUAUAUUCAAAUUGAACAAGAAAAAGAACAUUCAGCAGUAAAUCAACUAUCCAAAGAGACUUUAGAAAGUAUUGAUGAAGAAAUUGAAACCUAUAAAAAGAAACUAUCACUCAGUUCAAAUGAAACAAAAGAGGAAAAAGAAAAACUUGUUGAAGAAUAUAGAAAUAGUUUAAUUAAAACUGCAACCCAAAAAGUUUCACAAAAUAAGCGUGAAUUUGAUCAAUCUUUAAAUGUAGGCACAACCUCAAAUAAACAAAAACAACAAAGAUAUCAAUAA